AUGGGUACCCUGAACGAAAUUAUGGAGCUAAACAUUUAUUGGACUACUUUCAUAGCCCUUAUCACUAUAUUUCUAUUAUAUUUGAGGCACCGGUUCACCUACUGGUCCAGACAUGGCGUCAAAGGACCCAACCGUAUAGGAAUUGAGGGAUUCUUUAUGAAAGUGGGCGACUUUGACACAAAAAACUGGCAAAAAUACGGCCGUAUAUUCGGUGCAUACGAUCUGUUUGGCAAAUGGCUUAUUGUGAACGAACCGGAACUCCUACGCAAUAUCCUGGUCAAGGACUUCCAUAUAUUCCCCGAUCACUUACAUUUCAACCUGGGUAACACAAACCUAGCGAAGGCCAUGUUUUUUCUCAAUGGCAACGAUGAGGAGUGGAAACGGAUCCGCACGAUCACCAGUCCCUCGUUUACGUCGGGAAAGUUGAGGGCAAUGAUGGGUAGUAUCGGUGGUAUUGCCGAUCAGUUUGUCAAAAAUCUGGAUGAAUAUGCCGUAAAUGGCAAAACGGCUGAUAUGCGCAAAUACAUGGGUGCCUUUGCCAUGGAUGUGAUCAGCGCCUGUGCCUAUGGUAUAAACGUGGAGUCCAUUAAUAACGCUAAUCAUCCCAUUGUAGUGAACGCUAAGAAGAUCCUAUCGGUGGACACGAGUUUCAGUUUUAUGCUAUCCAUACUGACGGCUAAUAAGAGAUCGGAUUUCAUACAACUUAUGAUUGAUAACGAAAAGAAUGACAAGAAUUUCGAUUCCGAUUAUAAUAGCGAUGAAGACAUGAAUGUAAACCAAUUGCAAGAAUCGACGNUAUUUAUAGCUAAUAAGAGAUCGGAUUUCAUACAACUUAUGAUUGAUAACGAAAAGAAUGACAAGAAUUUCGAUUCCGAUUAUAAUAGCGAUGAAGACAUAUUACAUUUGGUUAACGUUCUUAGCUGCCUUUGA